AGGUGGGACAACGAGGUGGAGGAUGAGGAGGACCUGCAUGUUUGCAGGUCUGUGCAGCGUGCGCGUCAUGUGCAUGAGCUUCACAUUUUUCUUCCCCUUGGAGUGCGUGUAAGGGAGGGGCGGAGCUGCACUUCCCCACUUCCAAGCUCCGGGACUUCGCCAGUUUUGCUGGCCGGAGCGCAGACUCUGCGCUCGGGGGAACAUUCCGCAACCUACCGGAGGACUUUUUCCCCCUCUCUGCUUCUUAUUUCUAAUUCCCGCGGGACGAGCGUGCACGUUGGCCCCGCGGUGGAAGGAACUCCGAAGGAACUCUCUCACUACCACUACUGCUACCGGGACUGCGUUUGGAUUACAAACCGGCUUGGCCGCGACCAUGGCGGCUCGCUGGAUGGUGCUCGGCGCCCUGGUUGCAGCCUUGGCCGCCCCCCGGGUGACACAUGGCGCGUGUGUCUACGAGGGAUCUGUCCAUGCGGACAAGUCGUCAUGGCGACCACAGGCAUGUCGGGAGUGUACAUGCCAUGACAACGUGGUCAUCUGCGCACCCGUCCAAUGUGCCAACCCACAAUGUGACUUCCAAAGGGGUGAACGUUUGAGGAUUCCCGCAGAUCAAUGCUGCCCACAGUGUGUCUCUUCCAUCGAGGGAUCGUGCAUCUACGAGGGCGUCACCUACGCUCAUGAUAGUCAAUGGAGUCCUUCGCUGUGUACACUGUGCGAGUGCUCCAGUAGCGUGGCGACCUGCGCCCCCCGCAGUUGCCCCACCCUCAGUUGCCCUAAAAACCACAGCCCUUUUAUCCCGGCUGGAGAAUGCUGCCCAAAGUGUGCUAGCACCGGAGAGUCUUGCUCCUGGCAGGGUCGGGAGUACAGGGAUGGUGAGGAAUGGCAUCCUAGCCAGUGCUCACGGUGUGUUUGCCACAGCGGGGAUGUCCGAUGCUCUGUGGCAGAGUGUCCACGCGUGGCCUGCAAACCUAACGAGAACUUGGUGAUCCAGUCUGGUCAGUGCUGUCCUCAGUGUGUCUCUGACCCAUGUUUGUCUGCUGGGAAACAGUAUCAGCACGGUGAGCAGUGGCAAAAGGAUGCCUGCACCACAUGUGUGUGCGAGCGUGGUCAGUCCAAAUGUCAUGCACACACCUGCAGGCCUGUCACCUGCGAUAAGGGUCAGACCAAGGUGAGGCGUGACGGCCAAUGCUGCGAAGAGUGCGCUGCAGCCCGGGGAAGCUGCCUGUACCAGAACAUUGUGCGUUACCACGGAGACAUGUGGAACACCAGUGGCUGUGAAUUCUGCACUUGCAGCCGCGGUCAAGUCCUCUGCCACAAGGCUGAGUGUGAACGCCUCCAAUGCCCACUGGGAUCAGAACUUGUUCACCCUCCAGGGAUGUGCUGCCCACAGUGUUCCCCACAGAAUACGUCCUGUUUGCACCAAGGACAAUCAUACAAGGACUCGACUCGUUGGACUGACACCAGCUGCCGCGAGUGUGAGUGCCGCAACUCCAGGGUGACUUGCUACCUGCCGUCCUGCCCGACAUGCCCGCCAGGCACCUUGAUCGUUGCCCAGGAGGGACAGUGCUGCCCCCAGUGUCACCAAGUUCCAUGUGAUGCGGACUGUCAGUCAUGUUCCGGAACUCCCAAUCACUGCGACAGCUGCAAGGACCCGAAGGCCAUCCUCCAUCUUGGCCGCUGUCUGUUCGUCUGUCCCGAUGGAUUCUUCCCAGACGGAGCAGAGUGUGCAGCUUGCCCUUCAUCUUGUGCCAUCUGCAGCAGCAGGUGGUCCUGCCAGUCGUGCGUCCCCGAGCACCCACUGCUGAGCGCCGAGGGCGACCGGUGCCUGGCGACCUGUCCUGCCGGCACUUACCGGGACGAGCACAGAAGGCGAUGCAGACGUUGUUCCGAGUCAUGUUCGGAGUGUAUCGGCCCGAGCACGCAGGAGUGCUUAUCGUGUUCUGACCCUGCCGCUUUGCUCAAAAAUGGCGAGUGCGUUCCCGACUGCAGCAGCGCAUUCUACAGUCAAGAUGGCAUUUGUCACGCCUGCCACGCGAGUUGCGCAUCCUGCUUCCCCGACAAACCCGACUGCUUGAGCUGUCCGCCUGGCAGCGCCUUAUAUCAUGGGGAAUGUGUGGCGGCGUGUCCAGCUCAACACUACAGUGACCACUCCAGCAGAUGUAGAAGCUGCCACAGCUCGUGUAUGUCAUGUUGGGGCCCGAUGGCUUCUCAGUGCACAUCAUGUGCACAUGACCUCCUCCUCCACCAGGGGCAGUGUUUGGAGGCAUGUGGCGAGGGCCUGUACCGGCACGCCCACACCUGUCACAACUGUCACCCGUCGUGUCGCUGGUGCAAGGGCCCUCUAGCUUCAGACUGUCUGCGCUGCCUCAAAGCUGCUGAGGUCCUGGCCCCACAGUCACGUGAUCUCCCAUCACCGCGUGGGGUCUGUGUGGCAGACUGUCCCGCCCACACUUAUGUGGACCACCAGCGUACCUGCACAGAUUGUCAUGUGUCCUGCUGGCACUGCACAGGUCCAUCAGCAGAUAACUGUACAUCCUGUCCGUCGCCGUCCAGCCUACAUGAGGGACAAUGCGUGCACGCUUGCCCGCAAGGAUUCUUUGUACAGGAGGGCCAAUGUCAAGCUUGCCACCCAUCCUGCCAGACGUGCUCGGGCGCCUCCCAGGCUGACUGUACCUCAUGCCCCCCACUGGCAGACCUUAACGCAGGCCACUGCCGGACUGGCUGCCAGGAGGGGCGCUUCCUCCACACCGCAACAGGCCAAUGCCAUGAGUGUAGCCCCGACUGCCAGCGUUGUGUGGCGGACCUCCAGACGGGCAUCGGGAGCAUUUGCCUGUGGUGCAAAGGACCCAGCAGAGGUGCCUUGUUGCUAGGCGACCACUGCGUACCCCACUGUCCUGGAGACCACUACACUUGGCAUGGAGCCUGCAUACGAUGUCACCCAUCAUGUAAUGCGUGCAGUGGGGCGGGACCUCUUGCCUGCACUUCCUGUCACUCCCCCAGCGUUCUACUCCCCUCUGGGGUCUGCGCCCCUCAGUGUCCACUGGGUUACUAUGACAACGGUCAGAGGGUCUGCGAGGCGUGCGCACCGCAGUGCCUAACGUGCAACGGAGCGGAUGCCUGCACUUCGUGCCACGACCCCGCCAAGGUGCUUUUGUUCGGCGAGUGCCAGUAUGAAAGUUGCGCCCAGCAGUACUACCUCAACACCACCACGCGCACCUGCACAGAGUGCGACUGGAGCUGUAACGCUUGCCGAGGCCCGCUACGCACCGACUGCCUGCAGUGUAUGGAUGGAUACGUGCUGCGGGACGGCGUGUGCGCCCAUGAGUGCCCGCCGGGAUCCUACCGCGAUGGAGACAGAUGUCUUGUGGUUCAAAUCGGAUUGUUAAGCGACAUUGCCACGUUUACAGACUGCGACGCAACAUGCAUGGAAUGCAGCGGUCCCGAGCAGUGCUUGCGAUGCCAGCCUCCUUAUGUCACCCUGCGUGGUCAAUGUGUGCUUCAUUGCGGAAGGAACUAUUUCCUAAACACCGCUACACACUCCUGCCAGCAGUGCUCUACCGACUGCGCACUGUGUGAUGGAGUCGGACGUUGCCGAGCUUGUGAACAACAGAGUUACCUAAUGGAGGGAUACUGCACCCCCGACUGUGGACAUGGUUACUAUGCGCAGCAAAAAAGUAGAACCUGCCAUGCAAACAGCAGCCCGCCUACAGUCCACAUCAAUGGUUCCCUGCAGGUUCCUCUUGGCGGUUCGGUCCCACUGACCCCAACUUUGCUGCAAGUGAAAGACUCUGACACCCCGCUUGAAGGUUUGAUCAUCCGGCUUGUUCGGCGACCCACGAACGGCCGUCUGAUCGUCUUCCGAGGGGCUCAGGAGGAUGAGGAAGAAGCCGGGGCACGAGAAUUGAGUGACCAAGACUCCUUCACAUGGCCUCAGUUGGAAAGUGGUCGAGUUCACUUUCAACACUACAAGGACAAAGCUAGGACCGGCGAAUUUACUUUGCGAGCGGCCGACCCUCAGCUACUGUCUGAAGCAGAAACAAUUCAUGUUCAAGCCCUCUCAAUGCAGCCUCCAAGGGUCGUGGUGUUAUCUCCCCUGUCGGUGGGGGGUCCUGGAGGGACACAAACCAUCACCAAGUCAACUCUUUUAGUGGAUGAUCCCGACAACCCGGCAGAUGUCUUGGUGAUGGUUAUGGAGGCUCCUCGUCAUGGUCGACUGACCCGUGUCCACGGUGACCGAUCCCUGAGCCGCUUCAAGCUGGAGGAGCUUUCUCGCGAGCGCAUCCAGUACGUACACGAUGGGUCGCAGGAAGCGCAGGACCACUUGGUGCUGCAAGUCAACGAUGGACAUAGCUACCAGAAUGUUCUGCUUCAAGUGCACAUCAGCCAGAAGGCACGCCAAAUGCCUGAACUGCGGUCCAUUCCGGUAACGUGGGUAAAAGAAGGCGGAAUGGUGAGACUCAGCAGCAAACACCUACAGGCCUACUACGAGGGAGUCAGCGCAGACGACAUUGUUUACACCAUCCUGGACUCUGGGGGAUUCCCAAAAUACGGUGAAGUAGUGCUGGUGUCCAUGCCUGCUGAUGGUCCACCCGAAGGCUGGAACCCGACGCUAACGGAUGAUCGAGGCUUCACUGCUACUACAUCAUUCACCCAGCAGGAUGUGGAUGACGGUACCGUUUGGUACCGACAUUUUGGCAGCGGGACGCCAGCCGACUCCUUCCUCUUCCAGGUGUCCGCCGAGGCAGCUGCCGUCAGACAAAGUGAAGCACAGACCUUCACAAUUGGAGUCUUACCACAAAUCCCAGGAUUUCCUCAGCUCGACCGAGACUGUGAUCUCCAAGUCACGGCUCUUGAGGACCGUGUAACAGAGAUAACACGCUCAGCUCUUUCCUUUAUUGACUCUGAGACCCCCAGCGAUCAUCUCAUCUACAACAUCACUAAACCAGUACCAGCUGGGCAAGGUGCCAUCGAACACCGAGACAGGCCGUACACGGCUGUCCAACAAUUCACUCAGGCGGACGUGAAUAACGGCAAGAUUAUCUACAGGCCUCCUCAAGCCCCUUCACACCUGCAGGAGCUCUAUCAAUACUCCUUCAUUGGUCUGCCCGAGUCAUUGAGUGUCUACUUCACAGUGUCCGAUGGUGAGCACACGACUCCUGAGUUAGACUUUGCCAUCCUGUUGCUGUCCAACCACCAGCAACCUCCGAUGUUCCAAGUUUUGGAUCCUCUUCUGGAGGUCAGCAUGGGCGGGCAGGCCACUUUGGGCGGCCAGCAGCUGGCGGUUAGUGAUGCCGACACAUCCCCCAACGAGCUGGAGUUCGAGCUGGUGGAGGCUCCGGUCCACGGGGAGCUGCUGAAGAGUCAGGGCGGCGCCCACUUCAGGAUGACUAAUGGUGACAUCUUCACUUUCGCUGACGUGACCCGGAACUUGCUGAUGUACCGCCACGCCGGCAUCUCCCGCCAGGACGAUGCUUUGACAAUAUCAGUCAGCGACGGCAUCUCUAUGGCCACCGUUGUCGUGCAUGUGGUGGUGCUGAGCGGCGGCAGUGCGGGUGGUGGAGACGGGCCUCAACGGGACCCAGCUGCUGCGCUUUCCCUUGAAGUCAGCAAGAGGAGCAGCACGGUCAUCAGACGAUCGCAUCUUGCCUACACAGACGACUUGUCACCGGAUGACCAGAUCCGACUCCAGCUCGUGUCAGUGCCGAUGUACGGAAUUUUGAGCAGGGCUCAGGAGCAGCAAGAACCACAGGAACUACGGGAAUACUCCACUUUUUCCAUGGACGACAUCAACCGCGGCACCAUCAGAUAUAUCACAUCGUUGGAGACGGGCAACCAACCCGUUACGGAUAUCUUCCACUUUGUUGUCUACGAUGGUGACAACAAUCGCCUUGACAACCAGAUGUGCACCAUCACCAUCACCCCCAACGCUAAGCAGCCCCCCACUGUCACCGUACGCAGUGGAAUCAAGGUCCAUGAAGGCGGUCGUGUGCAGCUAUCAACCAAUCACAUCAUCAUAUCGGACCUGGACACACCUGGGAAGAACCUGCUAGUCUGGCUUGUCAGACCCCCAAAAUUUGGAUAUAUUGAAAACACCAGGCAAGGCGGCUCGAUGGGAGGUUCUCGAGCAGUCACACCCGACACGCCAUUCUCCGUGGACGACUUGACAUCGGACCACGUCUUCUACGUGCAGCAUGCGGGCAAACCGGCGCAACAGGACACCUUCAGCUUCUAUGUCAGCGAUGGACAAAGCCAGACGGAGGCCUUUAUCGUCAACAUCGACAUUCAGGGCAAGGUGCAAAGUGAGCCGCUGGUGUCGGUGAGCAGCAUCCACGUAGAAGAAAACUCUGGAGUGGUCGUCACCAAUGAGUCGCUAAGCGUCCUGGACCAGGACACGCCGGAGAAUGAGAUCCUCUUCACCGUCAUUCGGAAGCCAUCCUAUGGUAAACUUCGCCGGCGUCAGUUCUACUCGCAACCGCUGGAGAACGGCCGCGUCCUCGCGCAAGGAUCAACCUUCACCUACCAGGACGUCCUGGACCGCCUGCUGGUCUACACACCUGAGAUGGUGAGCGGCGGUGUGGAUGAGUUGGCCUUCAGCGUGAGCGAUGGCGUCCACUCCCAAACCACUGGACGACUGCGCUUUACCAUGGACGUCACCCGCAGCGAGGGGCCACGCUUAACCGUCAACAGAGGCCUGCAGCUGCCAGCCGGUUCUUCGUCCAAGAUCACCGAGCAGAACCUAAAAGCCACUGACAUGGACUCUGACAGCCUGAAGUUGCGAUACGUCCUUACAAAAGACCCUCCACAUGGCAAAGUUCAACUAAAUGGUCGUGGAGGCCUGGAAAAAGUUUCCGUCAAGGGUCCUGUGCGCAGUUUCACGCAGGAAGAUGUUAACAAAGGGUUGGUGCAGUACAGCCACGAGAAAGGCGAGAAGGGAGGCAGCCAGUCAUUUAAGUUCAACCUCGUGGACCCGGAAGGCAACAAACUCAUCGACCAGUCUUUCUUCGUCAGCGUGCUCGAGGACCGCCAGCCACCAUCAGUGGUGGUCAACAAAGGCCUAAUCCUGGACGAGAACUCUGCGAAGAAGCUGACCACCCUGCAGCUUUCAGCCAGUGACCAGGAUAGUGAACCAAGCGAGUUGCUCUUCCGAGUCACCAAGCAGAGCAGCCUCGGACACCUGGAACAUGCCACCAACCCUGGCAUGCGAAUAGACACUUUCACGCAGGCUGACCUGGUGUCACGCAGCAUCCAGUAUGUUCACACCAGCGAGGAAGAAAAGCACGCAGACCAAUUCUCCUUCACCGUGUCCGACGGCACCAACGAGGUGGCGCAGACUUUUUACAUCACCAUCAAACCUGUGGAUGACUCGCUACCCCUCCUCCACGUUCCCGGGAUGAGGGUUCAGGAAGGUGUGAGGAAAACCAUCACUGAGUUUGAGCUCAAGGCCACCGAUGCCGACACAGAGGCCGAGUGGAUCGUUUUCACGGUGGUGCAACCGCCGCGUCACGGAACCAUCGAGCGCACGGGUAACGGGCAGCGCUACCGGCCCACCUCCACCUUCAGCAUGGACGAUGUCUACCAAAACCGCAUCAGCUACAACCAUGACGGAUCCAACUCACUGCAGGACGCCUUCGCUUUCACGCUCGCCGAUGGAACCAACACGCUCUUUGUCGUUCGUGACGACGGAGGCAAGGAGAUCGUGACAGCCGCACCGCAGAAGUUCAAGAUUGAAAUUCUUCCAGUGGACGACGGGACGCCUCGAAUUGUCACCAACCUUGGACUGCAGUGGCUCGAGUACAUGGACAACAAGGCGACCAAUCUGAUCAGCAAAAAGGAGCUGCUAACGGUGGACCCGGACACGGACGACGAGCAGCUGGUAUACGAGGUCACCACGGAGCCUAAGCACGGCUUCCUAGAGAGGAAAGCGGCGCUUGGUGGCGGUGGCCGCGUCAGCACAUUCACGCAAGCGGAUAUCAACCUGGGCUUGAUUCGCUACGUCCUGCAUGAGGAGAGCGCGCAGGAAACCAUGGACAACUUCCACUUCCUGGUAAAGGACAGCAAGCCCAACGUGGUCCGCGACAACGUCUUUCACAUCCAGUGGUCUCUGAUCAGCUUUGAGCACAAAAGUUACAAUGUGUCAGAGAAGGCGGGCACGGUGGCGGUAACGGUGAGGAGGACUGGCAACCUUAACCAGUAUGCCAUUGUGCUAUGUCGAACCGAGCAAGGCAGCGCCACCUCCGGAGGGGAUGUUGGAUCGCGCCCCGGACAGCACGACUACGUCGAAUACGCCGGACAAGUGCAGUUUGAUGAGCGAGAAGAUGUGAAAGUUUGCACGGUGGCGCUCAACGACGAUGCGGUGUUCGAGGGCAUGGAGAACUUCUAUGUGGAGCUCAGCAUGCCCGUUUAUGCACUGCUAGGCACCAACACGCGUGCACUGGUCAAUGUCAACGACACCGAGGACAAGCCCACACUAGAGUUCCACCGCAAGACCUUCCAUGUCAAUGAGAGUGCAGGUGUUGUACGCGUGCCCGUUGAGAGAAAAGGCGACACGUCCAGCACGGUUUCAGCGCUGUGCCACACCGUGUCCAAGUCGGCUCAGGGCAGCAGCCUCAACGCUUUAGAGUCAGGUUCAGACUUCAAGAGUCGCGGCACUGGGCCUGACAGCCGGGUAGCACUGGGGCCCGGCGUCAGCAUGAGCUCGUGUGACGUGACUCUGGUCGACGACAGUGAGUACGAGCUGUCCGAGGAGUUCGAGCUGUUGCUGUCCGAGCCAUCAGACAAUGCCCGCUUGGGACGCGUCGCUGUCGUCAAAGUGGUCAUUGACGGGCCCAACGACGCCUCCACAGUCACUCUCGGCAACGACACCUUCACCUUUGGCGAAGAUGCUGGCACCAUCGAAAUUCCGGUGCUGCGCCACGGAAGCGACCUUUCUUCUGUGACAUCGGUAUGGUGUGCCACAAGGCCCUCCGACCCGCCGUCGGCCAGCCCGGGGAUCGACUACAUCCCUAGCUCCAAGAAAGUGGAAUUCAAGCCCGGCAGAACACUUGAGACGUGCAGCCUGACCAUCAUGGACGAUGUCCAGAAUCCUUCCAUUGAGGGAUCCGAGUCCUUUGUGGUUUUCCUGAGUUCUCCGCAAGGGGCCGUUUUGCAGGAGCCCUAUGAGGCCAACGUCGUCAUCGCUGACACCUUCCAGGACAUUCCCAGCAUGCAGUUCGAGAAGAGUGCCUACACGGUGAAGGAGCGCGACGGCACUCUGCACUUACCCGUGGUGCGCACGGGCGACCUGUCCUUCACGUCGUCGGCGCGCUGCUUUACGCGCACCAUGUCGGCUGCAGUCAUGGACGACUUCCGGGAGCGGCCGAACGUGGACGAGUCGCGCGUCACUUUCCUGCGAGGGGAGAAGGUGAAGAACUGCACGGUUCACAUCAACGACGACUCUGUGUUCGAGCCCGAAGAAGAGUUCCAGGUUCACCUCGGCACCCCGACGGGUGACCACUGGAGCGGCGCCAUGAUCGGAGAGAGGGAUGUAGUCACCGUCACCAUUACCAACGACGAAGACGCUCCAACAAUUGAGUUGGAGCAGGCGUCCUAUCAGGUCCGAGAGCCUCCCGGUCCAGACGGUGUUGAGGUUCUCAACGUUAAAGUGAUCCGGCGUGGUGAUCUGGACCGAACCUCCAAGAUCCGCUGCAGCACACGAGACGGCUCGGCCCAGUCCGGCGUGGACUACAACCCCAAGAGCCGAGUCCUAAAAUUCACUCCUGGUAUGGACCACGUCCUCUUCAAGGUGGAGAUCGUGUCCAACGAGGACAGGGAAUGGCAUGAAUCCUUCUCAUUAGUUCUCGGCCCUGAUGAUCCCGUGGAAGCGGUGCUGGGCGAGAUCACCACAGCAACCGUCACUAUUUUGGACCAAGAAGCCGCUGGGAGUCUCAUUCUACCGGCUCCACCUAUUGUGGUCUCCUUGGCUGACUACGACCAUGUCCACGAGGUGACCAAAGAGGGCAGCAAAAAGACGCCCUCUCCGGGUUACCCCCUGGUGUGUGUCACGCCCUGCGACCCACACUACCCCAAGUACCCGCUGAUGAAGGAACGCUGCGAUGAGGCAGGCAUCAACCAAACCCAGGUCCACUUCUCCUGGGAGGUUGCCACACCCACUGACACAAAUGGGGCACGCUCACCCUUUGAGACAGUGACUGACACGACACCGUACACAGGGGUCAAUCACAUGGUUCUGGACAGCAUCUACUUCAGCCGCCGCUUCCACGUGCGCUGUGUGGCGCAAGCCCGCGACAAGGCAGGUCACCUGGGAACACCCCUGCGGAGCAACAUCGCCACCGUGGGAACUGAGGGCUCCAUUUGCCACACACCUGUUACUACUGGCACUGCGCGAGGAUUCCAAGCUCAGUCCUUCAUCGCCACGCUCAAGUAUCUGGACGUAAAACACAAAGAACACCCCAACCGGAUCCACAUUUCAGUGCAAAUCCCCCACCAGGACGGCAUGCUCCCCCUGGUCUCCACAAUGCCGCUUCACAACCUCCACUUUCUGCUGUCCGAGUCCAUCUACCGGCAGCAGCAUGUCUGUUCCAAUCUGGUCACCCUAAAAGACCUGCAGGGUAUCUCAGAGUCGGGUUUCUUGGACGACGUGUCCUACGACAGCAUUUCCCUGGGUCCAGGCUACGACCGGCCUUAUCAGUUCAAUCCUAACGUCCGUGAGGCUAGAAGCAUUCAGCUGUACAAACACCUCAAUCUCAAGAGCUGCAUCUGGACUUUUGACGCCUACUAUGACAUGACAGAGCUCAUUGAUGUCUGCGGCGGCUCCGUCACCGCCGACUUUCAGGUCCGGGACUCGGCUCAAUCCUUCCUCACAGUUCAGGUUCCGCUCUAUGUAUCCUACAUCUAUGUGACGGCUCCCCGAGGUUGGGCUUCUCUGGAACAUCACACUGAGAUGGAGUUCUCCUUCUUCUACGACACCGUGCUAUGGAGGACAGGUAUCCAGACUGACAGUGUCCUCUCUGCCAGACUCCAGAUCAUAAGAAUCUACAUCCGUGAGGAUGGGCGGCUUGUCAUUGAAUUUAAAACUCACGCUAAAUUUAGAGGACAGUUUGUCCUAGAACACCACACUCUCCCUGGACACAAGUCCCACCUAAUGGCACCGGACCACCUGGGAGGCGUUGAGUUCGACAUCCAGUUAAUGUGGAGCGCACAGACCUUUGACUCUCCUUACCAGUUGUGGCGAGCCACCAGUUCCUACAGCAGGAAAGAUUAUUCCGGGGAGUACACCGUCUUCCUGAUCCCAUGCACGGUUCAGCCCACUCAACCUUGGAUUGAUCCUGGGGAUAAACCCCUCUCCUGCACAGCUCACGCACCAGAAAAGUUCCUUGUGCCCAUCGCUUUCCAGCAGACCAACCGUCCGGUCCCUGUGGUCUACUCCUUGAACACAGAGUUCCAGCUGUGUAACAAUGAAAAGGUCUUCAUGAUGGAUCCAGGCAGCACUGACGUCUCAAUGGCUGAGAUGGACUAUAAGGGAGCCUUUUCCAUGGGUCAGACUCUCUACGGUCGCGUUCUAUGGAACCCAGAACAAAACCUGAACGCGGCCUACAAACUCCAGCUGGAGAAGGUCUACCUAUGCACAGGUAGAGAUGGCUACGUUCCCUUCUUCGAUCCAACGGGCACCCUGUACAAUGAGGGUCCACAGUACGGAUGCAUCCAGCCCAAUAAAAACCUCAAGCAUCGCUUCCUGCUCCUGGAUCGCAAGCAGCCGGAUGUAUGCGAGAAAUAUUUCCACGACGUCCCCUUCGAGGCCAACUUUGCUUCAGACCUGCCGGAGUUGAAUUCCUUAGCCGCCAUGCCGGGCGUGGAUGGCUUUACCAUGAAAGUUGAUGCUCUUUACAAGGUGGAGGCAGGACACCAGUGGUACCUGCAGGUGAUCUACGUCAUUAGUCCUGAGACAAGGUCCAGCCUGAGGUUUGAGCGCUCGCUCACCUACCAACUCAGCCGCCCCAAGAGGGACCUGGUAGACCGCAGCGGGCGGCUGACCCUGGACGAAUCACUCAUCUACGACAACGAGGGCGACCAGGUGAAGAACGGCACCAACAUGAAGUCCCUGCGCCUAGAAAGGGGGACCGGCGGAACCUUCCACGCCCAUGUGGGCCGCUCGGUGGGCGGCGGUGUGGCCGCCCUAGCUCUGCUGGUCUUGGCCGCACUAGCCACCUGCCUCCUGUUCCGACGAUGCCACCGCCAGGCUAAAGUCCCAGCCAAGAAGACAUACGAGGAGUACCCUCUCAACACGAAGGUAGAGGUGUGCUUGGACAAGUGUGUAGAGAAGAACUUCAGCAGCAAGCACUGUAGCGUCACCAACGUUAACGUGUUCAACCGCAACCAGGAGCCCGCCAGCAACAAGGCCAAAGUUAAGCAAGUCAACCUUGAAGUCAAACUCCACAACAACUUCAAUGAUGGAACUGAGGUCUAAAAGAUAUAUAAUAAUUAUCUUUCUUAAAGCUAUUUUCUUACAAAAAUGAGAAAUUUGCUAAUGUAUUUUUGUACAACUUUUAAAAGGGAAAGCGUGCAAGAGCACUGAAGCUUUUUUUUUUUUUUUUUUUUUUUUUGCUCAUUCAAAUGCGAUACCUCACACAUCCACAAAGCACUCAUAGCUAAUGUCGUUGUCAUUUAUGGACCUGUUGUCCACACCAAGAUGGGUUUUUUUGUUUGUUUUUAUAUCUUCUUUUGCUUACGAUAGUGUCAUGUCAUAAUUAUGAGGGUUUUAUGACAGUCUUAUGACGCCGCUGUCAAAUAAACCCAACCCAAAUUAAUCAACAAAUAAGCUGCACUGGACUAUAAGCCGCAGAAGUCAAAAUGAGGGAAAAAACUAGCUGUUUAUAGUCAGAAAAUUACGGUAUAUAUGUUAUAUGCUCAACUUUUCCUCAGAAAAAUAAAGUGACUUGCAUGUAAAAUUAGAAUAAUAAAUGAUAAGUUUGAAAUUCUUGCGUGUGAAAUUUUUACUUUUUUUUUCUUGUUUGAAGAAAAAUCAAGACCACUCAUUUAUAUUGGGGAUUUUUAUCGGGCUCUUUUUUACGAAAUUGACAGCCUGUCAGUGUAUUUUUAAUCAACUUUUUUUUUUUUUUUUUUUUUUUAAAUCCAUCUUGGGGUGGACAUGUAAGCACAAAAUUAGUGAUUGGUAGCUCAGAUUGUACUGUUAUCAAGUCAUGUCACUGUAUCUAUAUAUAUUUAUGUAUACAUACAGUAUAUACAUAUAUUACAGUAUAUCACGUAAGAAUAAUCAUCAAGUACGUUAAAUGCUGCUGAGUGAGUGUCGAUGAAAUUCAAGUGCAAUUAUAACAUCUUUUGUGCCAUUGUGAUCAAUUGCUUUAUAUUUUUGGGGGGGUUUUUUCUUAAAAAAAAAAAAAAAUGUUAUCGAUAUAUAACCCAAUCUAAUGUCAACCUUUAUAUUUAUGAUGAAUCCGGGAUAACCUGAGACAGUUUGACUGAAUAGAAUAACAACAACAAAAAAUUCUGUAAUACUUAUUUUUCUUGUAUUGUUGUUUCCAUUUAAGACCAUUUUUUAAUUUUAAUGUUUGCGGAAAAAGUGACAUUUUAGCGUAACAUUUGUUACCGUUUGUGUGGCAGCAAUUUUUCCACAUAUACAUUUUACCAUUUUAUGAAGCGGAAAUGCAUCAAAGUUAACAGUCUAGAAAAAUAUGACAGGAUGUGACACAAUUCGAUUUUUUUUCCUUAAAAAAAAAAAAAAAAAAAGAAUAAACAAGCAUUGUACCCAGUCAAUUUAUUAUCUUUUGAAACUUCGGUACAUAAAAUAAUCUAUUCAAUCUGUACUUUUUUUGAUCAACUUCAUGUAAAAAUGAAAUCGCUUUACCUUUUGUAAAAGCACAUUUUGCAAUGUUUUACUCAUAAAAUUUCACUCAUCUUUUUAAAUAACAAUUAAAAUAAAAUUUAACCUCUAUUAGUAGUACUAAUUUGUCAUUGUAAAAUUUUAUCAGAUUUUAUCAUAUUUUCCUUGAUAAAUUUUGUUUUUUGUUGAAAUACAAUUUUUCUUCAUAAAAAAAAAUGUUUUUUUUUUUCGAAACUAUUCAUAAAAUUUCAAAUUUUUAAUAUUGGUUUUGUGCUACAAUAUUAUGCGGACUGGGCUAAGUAGAAAAUAGGGCAGGACAAUGUUGAUACAAAACCUAUUUUUCUGAUGCUAUUUCAAGCAGUUACAUAAAAUUGCUGUAUCUAUUUAGUGAGUAGACUAUCAUUACGAAAUUUACAAUGCUGAACUUACCAAUGGUAUCACCCAUACUGUUCCAAUAAGUGCCAUUCAGUAUUUGAACAACAGUCAUCCAUUUUUUUCCCGUUCCCGCACACUUGCAACCAAUAGAAAACAUCGCCUUACUAACAAUUGAAUUUGUGUUUUGUGUGUAUUGUUCCUCCCAAAGACAUAUAGGAAUCUUUUUCUAUUUACCUUGCCCAUGUUUCUAUGCUGUGUGCUUGUGUGUUUUAUAAUUUCUUUUUUUUAAUGUUUGAUGUUACAUUACUUUUGUGACACUGCUGUCCUUGUCAAAUGUGAGACACCGACCGGCACUUCAAAAACACACAUAACAAACUUGAUCAGUCUCACUUUUGACUUUUGACUGUGUGCCUAUAGAGGGAAAACAACGCCACCGGAAUGAGGAAUUCUGGGAAAUCACAUGUUGUAUUUUUGGUGCUAUAUUAAUUUUGCUGAUGAUGCUACUGAUAUGAUGCCUGUGUUUUUUGGUGCCUUUUUUUUAGCCAAUAAAGACAACAUGA